AUGUUCCGCGCAUUCGAGGGUUUCCAUCAUGUCCAACAACCAAAUGGUUCAUAUUUCACUGUUCCACUCCGCUACGUUCAAUUGUAUCCAUUUGAAGUGGAGUCUCCUCUUGUUGUUCAAGCUUUCGAUAGAAUUCUCGGAAGAUAUGUGGUCAUAAAGAAGGUUGUUCUUCCAGAUGGAUUUUAUGAUCGCCAACCCUGGAAACGAGCACAACGUGAACUCAACUGUAUGUUGCACAUUGAAGACGACAACAUUGUUCAAAUGUACAGUUGCUUCACCCCUGCAUCGAUAGUCGAAGAAAUGACAGAAUUCUAUAUUGUCCGAGAACAUAUGCAAGGAACCAUGCAGAAUUUAUCUCCACCGACGUUCUGCGAGCACAAAACAGUCAAAUCCAUCUUCUUCGAUAUCUGUCGUGGUGUUCAGUACCUUCAUGCAAUGAAUAUCAGUCACAGGGAUCUGAAACCCGAGAACAUUCUAAUGAGUAGUAAUGGAGACGUGAAGUUAUGUGAUUUCGGACAUUCGAAUAUGGAGGAUCCCAAUGCAAACACCCCGUAUAUCGUUCAAAGAUUCUAUCGAGCUCCUGAAAUCAUUUGUGAAACGAUGGACAAUAAUAAGACAAGCGUAGACAUCUGGUCUCUCGGCUGUAUUCUAGCAGAACUUCUAACCGGAAAAGUGCUCUUCGAAGGGAGGGAUCAUGUGGAUCAAUUCAUUCUGAUGGUUCGAUUCCUUGGCAAUGCAGAUCACUCAUUCUACAGUGUCAUGAAUGAACACGCCAGGAAUUUCCUUCUAACAUAUCGAGAGAUUCUGGAGAAUUGUCAGUCUCCCCCGGAUAUUCAUGCCCAUUUUCCGGAUGAAAUGUUUCAAGGAUCAUUGAGUCGACAGACGAAUGAAUGUCGUAUGGCGAGGGAUCUCUUGUUCAAAAUGUUGGUUAUCAAUCCGGAUGAUCGAAUCAAUAUUCAAACUGUCUUGUCACAUCCGUAUUUGGCGGAAAUUUGGGAUGGCAAUGUGAAUCCAGAAGACGUUCCUCAACCCCAACCACCACAGGUUCUCGGCGACUUCUUCAGAUUCCAGAGCUUCUUCUCUCCAUACGAAUUGAGAGAUGAGAUUUUCAACAAUAUUCAGAAUUUCGGAAGACAAUAUAAUAUUUUUACCGAAUCUAAGCACUAG